UGGUUUUUCGAGACAGGGUUUCUCUGUGUAGCUUUGCGCCUUUCCUGGAUCUCGCGCUGAAGACCAGGCUGGCCUUGAACUCACAGAGAUCCGCCUGGCUCUGCCUCCCGAGUGCUGGGAUUAAAGGCGUGCGCCACCACCGCCCGGCUUCAUUCUCUUUCUUAUCCAAUCAGGUUUGAGUCCAACUCCCUCUCUCACUUUGUUGCUAGAGUCUAGAUUUUCCUCCAGCCUCAGUUUCCUGAUUGUCCUAUCCUCUGUUCUCUAAUGAUACGGUAAUUGCUGGAAAGCUUCCUUUUUCUUUUUCUUCUCUCUCUCUCUCUCCCUCUCUUUUUUCUGUGUAGCUUUGGAGCCUGUCCUGGAACUCUCUUUGGAGACCAGGCUGGCCUCGAACUCACAGAGAUCCGCCUGCCUCUGCCUCCCGAGUGCUGGGAUUAAAGGCGUGCGCCUAAGCUUCCUUUUCUUCUUCCCAGUUUCUUAGUUAAAGCCCUAGAAAUUCAACUAACACUCGGCCUUAGACUCCCCCACAACCACCACCAUGGAGGAGACUGCGAGGUCAUAGGAACGUCCCACCACGGGCACUUCCUUUUGGGCAGACAGACGGGUGGGGUGGCCCAUGUAAUCUUCGGACACAAUUAUGCCCUAUUUAUACUGCAUCCCCGCCCUCCACCUGCUGGCUGCUUUACCCUUCACCUCCUCCAGACCUGGCUGUUCCUCCAGCUUUUUUUCCCUUGGCCCUCUGAAGCCAUCCUGGCCUGUCUUUGUUCCUCUGUGUUUGUUCCUUUUACGGCGGUUUUUGUUGUUGCCUUUUCCUCUCUGCUUUCUCUGGGUUUGGUUUCGUUUUGUCUCUUUCAAAGCCAGGCAUCUGUCUAUUUGUCUGUGUGUUUGUUUCUUCUUUCUUUCUUUUUUUAUUGAGACAGGGUUUCUCUCUGUAGACCAGGCUGGCCUCAAACUCACAGAGUUCCUCCUGCCUCUGCCUCCUGAGUGCUGGGGUUAGAGGUGUGUGGCACCACAUCCAGCUUUAUUUAUUCUGAGACAUGGUCUUACUAUGUAUCCUUGGCUGUCCUAGAACUUGCCAGGUAGACCAGGCUGGCCUUGAACUCACAGAGAUCCACCUGCCUCUGCUUCCCGAGUGCUGCGAUUAAAGGCUCCUCUUCUCUUUCUUAGGCCCUCUAAUCCCUCUUCCGGUUCUCAUGGACAAUUUCCUGUGCUCUUGUGUCCUCUGUGCUUUCUGGUUUUUCUUUUGCUUUGCUCCUUUGUCCGACAGCCACCUGGUUCCCAGUGAUUCCCUUAAAUGUUUCGUUCACAGGGUUCCUUUGUGAAAUGUGUUAGAGAAAAAGCGAGAAAGGGAGAGAGAGGAGAAGGAGACUGGAGAUGAAAUUAAACCCAGGGCCACACAGCUCACCCCUUAGCGUGCCCUCUACCACUGAGUUAUGUCCUCAGCCCUCUCUGGGGAGAUCAGAUGUGGGAGUUGGGAUCCAAGAACGCGUGAGUCCUCCCUGAAUUCUGUUUCUGCUUGCAGCUCAAACCGCCAUGUCCCUGAACCUCCCUCACCAUCCUUCUCUCCGUUUUGUCUUUGAAGAGCUGUGAGGUCAGAAGGAACAAGAAAGUGGGUUCUCUCCCCCCACAAAGAGAAAAUGAGGGCUGCUGGAGAGUAAAGUGAGCAGGAAAGGACAGGCAAGGCUGGUUGAGGACAGAGGAGUGGGGGGGGGGCGCUGACUUGUGAGGUCCCCCUUCCCAGAUGGGGCCCCUCACUGGGCAGAUGCUAUUUAAAAAAAAUUACAUAUGUAUUUUUAUUUUAUGCGCAUUGGUGUUUUGCCUGCAUGUGUCUGUGUGAGGGUGUUGGCAGGUCCCCUGGAGUUACAGAAAGUUGUGAGCUGCCAUGUGGGUGCUGGGAUUGAACCCAGGUCCUCUGGAAGAGCAGACAGUGCUCUUAACCACCGAGCCAUCGCUCCAGCCCUGACAGAUGCUAUGCUUACCACUGUCCAGUCCUCUCCAUGAACUUAUCCUAGGGCCAAGGCAUCAGUUAAUAAGUACUUUAGAUUUCGCUCUCUCAACUUGAUCGACAUUCCUUCUCUUUCUCAUCUACGAGGGAUCCAUCACAGUUGGAAGUCCUGGUCCAGCACCAGCGUAAGUCCUUUCUGUAAAGGGAAUUGCUACAUGGCCAUUGAGAAGGAAGCCAGGAAGUCCCACCCAGGGAAGCAUGAUGACUUCUGAGAGGAGCCACCUGACGAAGGAAGAGGGCAUCAGGAAUGGCAACUGGAAAAUCAGAGGGAAGGAGAGAAGCUAGAGAAUUCUUGGGACUAAUCUGGGGGGAGAUUAAUCCCAAGAGGCUAAGUAAGUGUGGGCAUGAAUGAGUUGACCCAAUGGGCUUCUGCUCUGACCCUCACUCCUGCUCACCUUAAAUCUGUCUCCUCAGGCUCCAGGUUCUGCCCUACAAACUGAGGUGGGCCGAGGUCUCAUCCCCUAACAGUGAAAUUGAGGUCACCCUCCUCUGCAAACUGUGCUAUGUUUAUUCACGCCCCAUCGCUUGCUCCAGGCUGGCUCUAGAGCCCAGCUCACUGACACGUAAAGUUUGGGCAGUAGACCAGUAUCCCUCCUAUUUCACACAAUGUACGUACACACACACACACACACACACACACACACACACACACACACACACACGCAUGCACGCACAGUGCCACCCUGAUCUUGUGAGCACACGAAAGCAUCUCCGUUGCCGCCUUGGGGGUGGUGGGUGGCAGUGUAGGUGCCCCAUUGUGCCAUCAUACUCACUCUACGUGAGUUUGUCAGUGUUCAUUCACCACCGUGACAGUCCCCAUGUGGGUAGCAGUAUGUGCGUGUGCAUGCAUCAUCCCCGUGUCUGUCCAUGAGUGUGUAUGUCAGUGUGUUCCAGUCUCUCUGUGUGUCGUCCCCAAUCCCCCAUCCCCCCCCCCAGAUCUCUAAUUAGUGGUUUGGGGUUUGUUCCUUUUCCCUCCUGUUCCUUCCCUCAGCAGAGGAGCGGCGGCGGCAGCAGCAGCCUCAGCAGCGGCGGCGGCAGCAGCAGCAGCAGCGGCGGCGGCAACAGAAGCUGCUGCCGCGCCACUGAGUAGCUGCAAGGACUCGGAGUCAGAGUAGGAUUAUAGGAUUGGAUCUGAGUGGGAACAAGAGUGAGCUGGCCUGGGAGAGGAGCAGAUCCCUCCCAGCGCCCUCGGGCCACCCAUUGCCAGUAGUCUUCGUGCCAGAGCUCUUGAGAGGAGACGGGACAGCCAACCCCAGACUCUCCAGGUACAGAUGCUGAGCAGCCCUGGGGGAUUGCCCACAGAUGCCUAUUGGACUUCUGGGCCUAAGGAUGGCGUCCUCUCUGCUUGAGGUAACUGUUUCCGCCUCUUCCCAGGAAACCAGGAAGAAGCUCACUAUGGCUCCAGUCCCCUGGCCAUGCUGACGGCGGCUUGCAGUAAGUUUGGCGGCUCCAGCCCUCUGCGGGACUCAGCGGCACUGGGAAAAGGAAGCACAAAGAAGCCAUACUCUGACCUUUCAGCCCCCAAAGCCAUGGGGGAUGCCUACCCAGCUCCCUUUUCCAGCACCAACGGUCUCCUCUCACCGGCAGGCAGCCCUCCAGCCCCAGCCUCUGGCUAUGCCAAUGACUAUCCACCCUUUCCCCACUCAUUUCCUGGGCCCACUGGCGCCCAGGACCCUGGGUUACUGGUACCCAAGGGGCACGGCUCUUCUGACUGCCUGCCUAGUGUCUACACCUCUCUGGACAUGGCACACCCCUAUGGCUCCUGGUACAAGGCAGGCAUCCAUGCAGGUAUCUCACCAGGUCCAGGCAACACACCUACUCCUUGGUGGGACAUGCACCCUGGGGGUAACUGGCUAGGUGGAGGGCAGGGCCAGGGUGAUGGGCUGCAAGGGACACUGUCCACAGGCCCUACUCAGCCUCCACUGAACCCCCAGCUGCCUACGUACCCAUCUGACUUUGCCCCACUUAAUCCAGCACCCUACCCAGCGCCCCACCUCCUGCAACCAGGGCCCCAGCAUGUCCUACCCCAAGAUGUCUACAAGCCCAAGGCAGUUGGCAAUAGUGGGCAGUUGGAGGGAAGUGGUGCGGGCAAGCCCCCUCGGGGUGCGGGCACCGGGGGCAGUGGUGGAUAUGCCGGCAGUGGGGCAGGGCGUUCCACUUGCGACUGCCCCAAUUGUCAGGAGCUAGAGCGGCUCGGGGCAGCAGCGGCUGGGCUGCGGAAGAAGCCCAUUCACAGCUGCCACAUCCCUGGUUGCGGCAAGGUGUACGGCAAGGCUUCACAUCUGAAAGCCCACCUGCGCUGGCACACUGGCGAGAGGCCUUUCGUCUGCAACUGGCUUUUCUGCGGCAAGAGGUUCACCCGCUCGGACGAGCUGGAGCGCCAUGUGCGCACUCACACCCGGGAGAAGAAGUUCACCUGCCUGCUCUGCUCCAAGCGCUUUACCAGGAGCGAUCACUUGAGCAAACACCAGCGCACCCACGGGGAACCAGGCCCGGGGCCGCCCCCAAGUGGCCCUAAGGAGCUGGGGGAGGGCCGUAGCGUCGGUGAAGAAGAAGCCAGUCAGCCUCCCCGAUCUUCCACCUCGCCUGCACCCCCAGAAAAAGCCCCUGGAGGCAGCCCGGAGCAGAGUAACCUGCUAGAGAUCUGAGCUGGGUAGAGGAAGGUCUCCAGCUCCAGGGUCCUCUUGCCAGGCUCUCUUGGUGUGGGGGAGCACUGCUGCCCCCCCCCCCCCGCUCUUUCCUAUGCAUGCUAUACUUUGGGGCUCUCUGCCUUCCCCUGGACCUUCCUAGCUUGGUUGUCUCCUUAGCUCGCUUCCCUUUGCCGCGAGUCUUAGGCAAACUCCUCUCAAGCCCCUGCUUGUGUCUAGUCCUGUGCUCUGGCUUCCUGAACUUUCCCCUCCCUGCCCGGCUCACAGCUUCUCUUACUUUCCUCCGGUUUCCCGUCACUCUUUCUUUUCUGCUUCCCAACCCUGUUUGCCACCUCCCCACCCCACCCCCGCAGCUUCAGGCUGUUCCAGACUUCCCCUGGGCUUUCCAGUCCCUUGAGCCUUUUUUUUUUUUUUAAACGAACACAAUGAUGAUGAUGAUAAUUUAUUGCCCCCUGGUGGUUCUUCAUUAGGAAGCCGAGUUAGGGAGAUUGGCGUUAGUAACCUGGCCGGGAGCAGAGUGCCAAGAAGGGGGCAGACCAACGGGGAUCGGAUCCCAAAGAUGGGGUGACCCCAGGGUCAGGGAGGCUGCCCCCAGCCUUGAGUACUUAGCCCCUAUGCACCCAGGAGUAAAGAAUAGUAAUAAUAAUAAUUCUAUUUAUCUAAGUUAUGAUGACGGGUCAGGUAGAGUGAGCUGGAGAGGGAAGGGGAUCUUUUUUUUUUCUUUCUUUUGGCUAAGGAAAUUCUAGUCAAAUGCAUCUCUGCAUAGACAAAACGAUAGUGGAGAUCUUGUUCAUAGAUCUCUGUCAUCGAGGUCUCAGUGUGGUUUCUUUUUCAGUGGAGUUUUUAAAAUUGGGUUGUUUGAGUUUAUGUGGGUGCCUCUCAGUAAGGUCACUAAGAUCCCCAGCCCCCGCCAGAAGCUGUGAAACUCCAAGUCGUACGGAGGGGAGGACUGGACUGUACCCCAGCUCUCUUGACCUCAGGGCAGGUUCUUCCACUAACCCUCUCCUCAUACCCUGUGACCUCAUCAGGCUCGUCCCCUGUUGUCAUGGUUAUGGAGAACUUGCAGCUGCCAUGUUAAAGAUGUCCUUUGGGGGGAAGCCCACCUAACGGGAGGACUUUGGUUUGGAGGUGCCCCUUCUGAGAAACAGGUGGGGAAAGGCUUUCUCUGGGAUCAAAUCCAAGUACAUCAAGUAUUUAUUGAACGCCUACUAUGUGCAAGGCCUGGUGCCUAGAAGCCAUGAGAAAGAAUUUAUAGCAGGACAGAGGUCCCUAAACGGAUUUGGGGCACAUCACAGGCCCCCAGUCUAGGAGUUUCCACUCCAUUCCAAUGACUUUUAAAAGCCGCUUGUGCCUUUGAAUGCCUUUCCUGAGACUAUUGGAUCUUCCUGUUCUGUCCCUGCUCCUUCGAGGCCCCAAGACAAAGGGUAAAGCCAGUGGAGUCUGGGAAGAGCAUCAUAACAUUGUUGAAAGGAUCAUCCCCUUGUGGAGUCUUUCUUUUUUUUUAAUUUAAUAAAUAAAAGUUCGAU